AGUGACUGCGAUCCGAGCCGACCGGGCGCGCCAUCUCUGCUGUACCCACUAUUCACCGAGGCUCUUUUCGGUGGCGUCAAGCAGCACCUCAAACAAGACUUUACAGCUAGAUGAGGAGGUAGUCGCGUACAGAGCCCUCAUUCGCCAGUAUGUGAUUCACCUCUCUGCUCCGGGUACGCAAGUCGCGGAGUUGGAAGAUAUUGCUUCGUAAGUGUCUGUGUCUCCGGCCUCUCCGCUUCCUACUCGACCUCACUCGAUCCACCGCGCGUUUUCCUUUCUGACCUCACUUGAUCCACCAAGCUCAUUCACGUUUGACCUCACUUGAUCCACCAAGCUCCACUCCGUUCGGAUAGCCAAGUGAUCGACCUUACUGGGUAAUCGUUCUGUUGAUCUUGUACACUGGUUACAUUGUCCUCAACUUGCAGCUACGAUUAGAAUCCAAACCUGCAGAACCUCGGAGCCUUGAGCAAGCGUACUCGACUUGCUCGCCAGUAUGGACUUUUCACAGCUCCCGCAUGUAGUGAAGGCGUCGAUUCUGCUACUUGCGGCCUACGUACUAUAUCAAAUCUACGUACAACUCACGCUCGGCCGUCAACGGCGAGCGCUCCAGUACGAAAAGGGCACGCUUCCGGUACCAUGGUACUCAGGCUGUCGCGAUCGUCUGUUGGGUCUCGACUUCUUCCGAUCAACCAUGAAGCUUCUCAGAGAACGCCGCUUACUCGAAGGCCAAACGGAGAGAUUUCACGAAGACGGCGUCAAUACGAUGCGAGUCGUGUUCCUUGGCGGCACGCAAGUCUUCUCCACGCUGGAGCCAGAGAACCUGAAAGCUAUCCAGGCGGUUGACUUCAAGAAAUGGGGACUGGGAGACAGGCGCAAGAAUGCAUUCUGGCCGUUGUUGGGUGUGGGUAUCUUUACGAGUGAUGGAAAAGACUGGCAUCAUUCGCGCGAGAUGCUGCGACCCAACUUUGCACGUGCGCAGGUGGCGGACCUAGACUUGUUCGAGCGUCACGUCUUACACCUCAUCCAAGCCAUUCCGAAGGACAAGAGUACCGUCGACCUUUCGGACCUGUUCUUUAAAUUGACGAUCGAUUCUGCAACGGAGUUCCUGUUUGGCGAAUCAACGGAAUCUCUGACGAAGAACAGCGGAGAUGGUUUUGCAGACGCUUUCACGCGAUCGCAAGAACACAUCUCUGAUGCAACGCGAUAUGGCCCGUACGCGAAGUAUCUCAUGAAGAAUGACCAGUUCUCGAAGGAUGCUAAGUUCGUACAUGACUUUGUUGACUAUUACGUGCAAAAAGGCCUUACUAAGCGUAGCCAGCUGCUAGCCGAGAAGGGUGACGCCGAGAAGCAGAGGUACACCUUCAUGGACGAGCUCGUGCGACAGACCGACAACCCUAUUCGUAUCCGCAGUGAGCUCCUCAACGUUCUGUUGGCCGGCCGUGACACGACCGCUUCCCUACUUACGAACGUCUGGUUCGUCAUCGCCAGAAGGCCGGACAUUUGGGCCAAGCUGCAGGCUGAGGUUGAUACGCUGAACGGCGUUCAGCCGACUUACGAGCAAGUAAAGGACAUGAAGUAUCUCCGAGCUGUGCUGAACGAAUCGUUGCGCUUACAUCCCGUCGUCCCCCUGAAUAGUAGACAGGCCCAGGAAGACACCACGCUACCCGUAGGCGGUGGCCCGGAUGGCGCGGCUCCAUUCUUCGUCAAGAAGGGACAGUUCGUUGCCUGGAAUGUGUACGGUAUGCACCGACGAAAGGACUACUACGGCGAGGAUGCCGAAGAGUUCAAGCCGGAGCGCUGGCUGGACGAUGCGGAGACUGGGAAGAAGGGACUGCGGCCGGGAUGGGAGUAUCUGCCAUUCAAUGGCGGAGCGCGAAUCUGCUUGGGCCAGCAAUUCGCACUCACGGAGGCUACUUACACCACUGUGCGGUUAUGUCAAGCCUUCGAGGAACUCGAGAGCCGAGACGACCGCCCUUGGACUGAGAUGAUCACUCUGACAUGCGUGAACUUGCAUGGCGCUAAGGUGGCGCUCACGCCGAGAGCGAUAUAGUGCUAAAGACCUGCCUUAAGGGAUGUCUAAAGCCAGCUGUAGCAUAUGGAUGGCCAGCUCGGGAUUCUCGAGCAUGGU